AUGGAAUUAGUGGAGGUUAACAAAUUAAGAUAACAUAAAGGAUACAUCUUAUUUUAGAAUAGGAUAAAAUAAAAAAAAAGAUAGGAAUACAUUUAAAUCAAUUUAUAAUAUAUGCUGUAUCAUCAAUUAAAAAUUCUAUUGAAUUCAAGUGGUUUGUAUGAAACUUGUUGUUAGAACUAUCAUAUUAUAGCCUAGUUUUGGAUGACAAGAAAAUAAUUAUGUAAAAAAGAAGUAUGA